UGAAAAAUGGAGCGUUACACGAUAGAACAACGUGUCUUCAUUAUUAAAGAAUAUUUUAAAAAUAGUGAAAGCUUAGCGGCUGCAGUUCGAAAAUUUCAUACAAAAUAUGGCCGGAAUAGUGUUUUAACUUCGUCAACUGUGAAGAGAUUAAUUGAAAAAUUCAUGGAGACUGGAUCCGUUGGAGACGCCAAACACACUGGUCGUCCAAAAACAAGCCGUUCAAAUGUGAAUAUCGAAGCAGUGCGUGAGAGUGUUGCGGACAAUCCAGGAACCUCAAUUCGACGUCGUGGACAAGAAUUGCAAAUGUCAAGAACCUCUCUACAGCGUAUACUCACCAAAGAUCUGUGUCUUCAUGCUUACGCAGCUCCGCAGCCAAAGUGAACAAGCACUUCUUUCCACCAAACUUCAAGAUUGGAGUGGCUAAUGCAGCAGCCCAGAUUGAAGGAGCGUGGAAUGAAGAUGGUAAAGGCGAGACCAUCUGGGACAGGUUCGCCAUGAGUCGCCCAGAAAGGAUCUUCGAUCAUUCAUCUCCACAAGUGGCUGCUGAUUCUUACCAUAAGUGGAGAGAAGAUGUUGAAAUGGUUAAAGAAAUGGGCGUGGACCACUACAGGCUCUCAAUAGCUUGGGCAAGAAUCUACCCAGACGGUUACAAGACAGAAGAACCUAACGCCAGGGGUGUAGCAUACUACAAAAAUCUACUUAGGUCAUUGAGAGCAUUGGGCAUUGAACCAAUGGUCACCCUCUACCACUGGGACUUACCACAGAAGUUGCAGGAUGAUUUUGGAGGAUGGCUGAGCCCUAAAAUCGUCGAUAUCUUUGCAGACUAUGCCAGAACUUGCUUUGAGCUUUUUGGCGAUGAAGUAAAAUGGUGGAUUACAAUCAAUGAGCCCAAACAGAUCUGCGAAGCUGGAUAUGGAACAGGGGGCUUUGCACCAGGCAUCGUUAGUCCAGGAGUAGGAAACUAUAAAUGUGCUAAAAACGUACUUUUAGCCCAUGCUAAAGCGUACCACAUUUACGACAAAGAAUUCAGAAAAAAAAACCGAGGAAAAGUCGCAAUUGUGAUUGACAGUAACUGGUUCGAACCCCUUUCUGCUAAAGACGAAGAAGCAUCUGAAAGGGCACUACAAUUCUCAUAUGGUCUGUACGGCAACCCAGUAUUCAACGGCGACUGGCCCGCAGUAGUCAAAGAAAGAGUUGCUCAACGUAGCAAGCAAGCAGGUUUGAAGGAAUCUCGUCUACCAGCUCUUACCAAGGAAGAAAUCAAACUAAUCAAAGGAACCCAUGAUUUCCUAUGCAUCAACCACUACACCUCGCACAUGGUCAGUGCUUGGUAUGAAGCGCCUGUUACAGAUACUAGCUUUGCAGCUGAUAUUGGGGUCAAUGAUUGGAUGCCUAGGGAGUGGCCCAGGGGAGGAGAAGUUUGGUUCUCGGUUUGGGCUCCAGGAAUGAGAAAACUGUUGAACUGGUUGAAGAAUACCUACAACAAUCCAGAAAUCGUGAUAACAGAGAACGGUUUAUCUGAUAAUACAGGGACUCUGGAGGAUGACCACAGAAUUAACUACUACAGAGUACGUAUUCACUGAACAGUCGAAAGUCGAAAAAACUUUUUAUGAUGCAUUCAUAUCCGUAUUAUUUUUUUUAGGACUACCUAAGUAACUGUUUGGAUGCGAUCUACAUUGACAACGUGAACCUGACAGGAUAUACUGCUUGGAGUAUAUUAGAUGAUUGGGAAUGGAGCACUGGAUACCACUCCUUAAUUGGAAUGUACAAAGUAGACUUCAACGACCCUAACAGGGCUAGGAUUCCUAGGAAGUCUGUUGCAUACUUCACCCAAAUCGCCAAGAACCGCUGCCUGGCAGAAAAUCCUGCAGAAUGUAUAGAUUAAGCAAAAAAUAAAUAUAAACUGUGAUCACAUAACUUUUGAGUAUUAUUUUAUUAUCUAUCAGCGACCCAUCAACAUUGUUGGAAUACUGGCAUCAAUUUUGUCUUAUUCCUAACCUUUGAAAAAAUCACACAAAACUAGGAAUGUCAAUAUAUCAUAUAUUUAUUUUAACUGGUAACAUGC